UUAGAAAGGAACAUUUUCGGGCUCGGAAAACAGGACGGUCAAUAAUAUUGUUCAUGAAGUGUCUUUAGUUUUAAAGCCUAGUCUACUCCUGUAAAUCACACUAAUUAAACGGGUGCAGUUACAUUUUCUGUUGUUAUCGUCAUUCAUAUAAAAAAAAAAAGCAUGUCUACUAUUACACGAGUCGUUUCUGGGGAGGCAAGCGAAUCAGAUUCGGACGACGAACUGACUGCAGCAGCCGAGCUUGUAGCGGGCCGCAGCCAGUCGUCCAUCGGGGAGGAGCUGCGGCAAGCAGGUGUCGUGGUCCAGGGCGAGGCUUCGGAAACGGAUAGCGAGGAAGAUGAAGAAAUGCAUCUAGCUAGGGCAGAACAACAGCAAUUUCCUUCACAGUCAAACAUUCCACCGCUGAAAGUUAACCGAGCAUCUCGUUCUCCAUCCAUCGGCAGCCAGUCAUCCAUCAAGUCAGUCUCCUCGGCCUCGCAGGUCAAGGUGUCGCCGCUGGACCCGCCCCGGUACGACACCCUCCUCCACAGGAAGCUACGAGAGCGCAACAUCAGUCUUCAGGUCAGUCUCCAGGAGGCCGUAGCUCAGGCCAUACAGGCCAAGCACAAGGAGUUCAGCAACACCAACCAGAUGCUCACCAAGUCACAGAUGGUCAUCCAGGAUGUAUGCUACAGUAUGCGACAUUUCUCAGACGACAUCAAGCGCACCAAUGAAAAACUGGACAUCAUCAGUACAAGUGGAUAUUUGCCAGAAUUUAACUUUCCAUCCAAUGGAUCAUGAUGAGGCGCAGCUCCCAGAUGGUUUUUGGUUGUUUAUGUACAUUUAUUUGUACAUUUAUACACGUUGAUGGCGAUCAGUGAUACAAGUACUUACCUGCAGAAUGUCUUGACGGAAGUGAGACAAUUCAGUAAACUGAUGACAGACUAAAUCAUAAUAAUAUUGAUAGUUACAUUUAUGUUGCACACAUAUUCUAUUCCUCACACAUCCAUUGCAGGGGAUGUUCGAGGUGCCUUCAAAGUACUAGGUUACCCUGGCUUUAGGCCCACUGCCUAAAGGCUCUCUAAGCAUUCAUGGAAUAAUUUCCUACCAGGUACGGUAACUAUUUACCACACCUGGGUGGAGAGUGGUUAGUGUAGAUUAAUGUCUUGCCAAAGGACAUUAGUGCAGUGCAGUGCAGUGACAGGACUUUAAUCGCGAACCAAGCGAUUCAUGGUCUGGUGACGUAUCUGUUAGACCAUGACACCUCCAUGCCAAAGAGAAUAGAGAAAUCACUCUAUCAUGCAGAGUUCUAAAGGAGGGCAGGUGCAUUCUUCAGUAUAAAUUUCAACAGUUUCCAGAUUUCUUGGUCAUUAAUCUAUUAAAGGACAAUAAUAAAUGUAAAAAUAAACAUAAAUCAAGUCUUUCACUGUAAGACGUUUUAUUUCCAGCUUCAACUCGUAAUCCAAUUUGAGUGAGAAGUUUUAUCGCAGGGAACUUCAGCUGAGGAUACAAGUUUGUAGAGUGGAUGGAAACAAAAUGUGUUAUAUAUGUACAUGUAUGUGUUAUUCAAUAUUUCAAAAAAUAAUUUACCUGGACAGAAAGCAAGAAGUUAAUGUAAAUUGUCUUUUUUUCAAACACAAUUUUUUCUAAAAAGUGUGUUCAAAAGUACUUUUUUGUCUAUCCUAUUUGUUUACUUCCAAAUCGAGGCAGAAACCACUUGAGCAAAAUAAACAACUUUAAGGGGUUGGCGAUAGAUAAUGUUACAAGUAAACCAAAAA